AGGCGAUACAUGCGGGACACGCCAAAAACAAAAACGAGUCUCUCCUCUUGAAUCCACAGACAGUUAAACAAACUACAACAUCACCCUGCGCCUUUGUUGUGAGACGUUAGCAAGGCGACACUUUAUCCUUCGAGCUAGCUAACCUGGUCAGUUUUACAGGAGGAAAACAUAAACAUUGCUUGAAAUGAUUAGUGUGUAACGGAAUCAUCCCGAAGUGGGAUUAAGCAAAUUAAGUUUAAUAAUUCAGUCGCUAUCAAAGAGGAAGUUUGACAGAUCGACGAGAGUACACAUGUCUUCUGCAGCAGAGACAGUGAAAAAUGCCUCCAUCAUGUCAGAAAGUGUGGCCCAUGACGGAAACCGCUUGUGGAUUGGCAACAUUGAUCCCAAAAUUACAGAGUAUCACCUGGUGAAGUUGUUGGAGAAGUUUGGCCAUGUGAAACAGUUUGACUUCCUGUUUCAUAAGUCUGGGCCUUUGGAGGGACAGCCACGGGGCUACUGCUUUGUCAACUUCAACACCAGAGAUGAGGCAGAGAGGGCGAUCCAGUGUUUAAAUGGGAAGCUAGCUUUGUCCAAGAAGCUGGUCGUGCGCUGGGCGCAUGCACAGGUAAGGAGGUUUGAAGGUUUCCGUAAUGACAAGACGAUGCCGCCGAGCCUGGAGCCGUCGAGCAGCGGGGCCGCGGAGGACGGAUCGUUAACUUCCAACCACCUCAGUACGAGUGCUAAAAUCCGCGCCAUCGAAGCCAAGCUCCAGAUGAUGGAGGAGAAUCCAGAAGAUGACUACUCGGGCCCGUCGGCCUACGUUUACAACAAACCGCCAGAGAGGAAACGCUGGGAGCCUUACUCUAAAUCACACCACAACAACCAGAGCCGGCCCUUCCGCAAGUUUAGGAGAUGACCCAUCCUCCCACUCGCUCUGGAGACACCCCCCACCCCCCUCCCACCUGCACACUUCAACCCUCGCCUACACACAAACAGACUCUACACAAGAUAAAGACAAUACACAUCUGGGAAUAAAAGGUUUUGACAAUUCUUUGAGAACCCAGACUCUUUGGGAGUAUUCACAGCAAUCACGGACAAGUACCUAAAGUGGUUAUUAGUUGUUUUGGUUGACAGUUAUCAGUUAUUAUUUAGUCUUAACAUAGGCCCCAUACCUGACUGCUGCGCUGGUUGGAUCCCAUAUCGGUCUGCAUUCUCACUUUUGCAGCGCUUUAAUGCAGGUGAAUCAUGCAGUGGUGAGUCAUGAUGCACAGCUGCCGGGAAAGAGACACGUUGUUAUUAAAAAGUCUAAAUGCCCAUCCUCUUAUUGUUUUUCACAUGUUUUUAGUGUUUGGUCCUAUUAUUCAAAGGUGAAAUACAAUUAUUUGUUUAAGACUUCACUGAAGAGGAUGAAAUACACAGAUUUGUAUCAGGUUUGUAUGAAUGGAGUUCAAAUGAUAAGCCACUCAGCGACACUGUAAGUUACAGUAUUUUUGUCUGACGUUGCUCUUUACCGAAUAUUUUACUUUAGUUUUUUUCUUGGAUUCACUUUUUAUACAUCUGCAGCCAAGUGUUGUGUAGAGUUUUGGGAUUUCCCCUGCCACAAUCUCUUUAUUUUAAUUUACCAAUUAAAGACUAUGACAUGUCAUGUUCACAGCG